CGGCUCGCGGCUCUGCGCUGCCGGCCUCGUCCUUCCUGCUUUUGCGGUGGGGGCUUUGCGCUGGCUUCCGGACCCUGAGAGACAGUGACUGAGGCUGGAGGUUCCGGAGGGACCUCUGGAUGAGGAAACUGAGGUCAGAAAGAUAAACUGAUAGGCCCAAGCUAGAAGUGCAAGUAUCCUGAUGUUCAGUCACACAGAGAGAGAGAGAGGCAGAGACACAGGCAGAGGGAGAAGCAGGCUCCAUGCACCGGGAGCCCGACGUGGGAUUCGAUCCCGGGUCUCCAGGAUCGCCCUCUGGGCCAAAGGCAGGCGCCAAACUGCUGCACCACCCAGGGAUCCCUCUCAGAACUGUUCUUGACACAAGAUAAGAACUUACCCCAGGUGCCACAUGGAGUGCUCCAAUAAGAGAUGAAAUGAUUUUAGGAGUCCACUAUCUUGGAACAGAGGCCCAAAGGGACUACACCUUCAGGCAUCGCCAAGAACUGCAGGUACCAAGAUCUCAGAGCACUCUGAUGAACUGAAGAGACUCGGAAAGUUCACAUCCCCACUGCCUACCUCCCAUCAGGAUACAGUGGAAUGCUGGACUGGGCUUUGGGAUUUUUUUGAAUGGAACUGGAUGAAGCGAAUCCAGGAGGUGCCAUGGGAUUAUUUUUCCUCCCCUCAUGGCUCCCAAGCUUGCCCCUACCUUUUGCUUGCUCUGAGACCUCAAGCAGAUAUCUAUUCCUAAAAGUGAAAUGAAUGAAGAUCCACAGGAAAGUGUGACUUGCAUGGGUCUGGAAGAGUGGGCAAGGCUGCCCAGGGUUCUUCAAGACUUCCUUUCUGCAAUAUACAAUGUGAAUAUUAAGAUAUUAUGGAUUAUGGUCAGAUGCCCGGGAAGCUGCAUUUUUCUGUCUGUACUGGGACCUGAUGGCUGACAUAUGCUCAGUCUGAAGCAUUUCCUGAGGGUGACGCUGCCUUUAGAGUCCAACUUCCAAGCCACAGUGUUUGCCUGGACAUUAACAGCAGAAUAUGAUCAGAAGAGAAUGUCCUGUGGAUCCAGAUGAACCUGAUUUCACAUCCUGGAUCUACAAAUAGCAGGUAGCAAAAACAGGUACCAAUGCGGGCCUUUUUGUUAGAGCAAAGGGGCACAGCGUGAACUUUAGAAAAGCAGUGGAUACCUGUACACCUAAAAACUUUGCAAUUAAGGAUAUGAGGGAGAUGUGCUGCGAAGGGGACACUGAUCAAUUUGGCGAUGAUUUCCCAAAGAACAAGCCAAGGGCAGAAGACCUCCUAAUUGCCAGAAGAGCAGGUAAGGUCACCCUAGGUGUCAGUGGGGCACCUGGCUAGCCCUCUGAGGCUCUCCUUCAGCAGGUGCGCUAACACUUUAAGGAGCUGGAACGGAGCAGUCCCUCCUUGCUCCCGCUGCUGCUCCGCCCUGCCAAGGUCUCGCAUUGUGGGCCACGCCCCUGCGCGCUGGUUGGCGCUCACAGACAUGAUGAAACUUCCCGCAAGCAUUACAGGAGCGAGGCCGGGAUAAAGCCGAGGAGGCCCGCCGCCCCGCCCGCAAUCUGCAGCCCCUACCUGGCGCCUCCCCGCCGACCCACCCGCCGGAGCCCAGAAUUUCUUUCAUCACGUUUGAAUAGAUCACUUAGAGAAAGCCCGUAGCUCCAUUGCACCAUGUGUGGGAUUUGGGCCCUCUUUGGCAGUGAUGACUGCCUUUCUGUGCAGUGCCUGAGUGCUAUGAAGAUUGCACACAGGGGUCCAGAUGCAUUUCGUUUUGAGAAUGUCAAUGGAUACACCAACUGCUGCUUUGGAUUUCAUCGGUUGGCAGUGGUUGACCAGCUGUUUGGAAUGCAGCCAAUUCGAGUAAAGAAAUAUCCUUAUUUGUGGCUCUGUUACAACGGUGAAAUCUACAACCACAAGAAGAUGCAACACCAUUUUGAAUUUGAAUACCAGACCAAAGUGGAUGGUGAGAUAAUCCUUCAUCUAUACGACAAAGGAGGAAUUGAACAAACAGUUUGUAUGUUGGAUGGGGUAUUUGCAUUUAUUUUGCUGGAUACUGCCAAUAAGAAAGUGUUCCUGGGCAGAGAUACUUAUGGAGUCAGGCCUUUGUUUAAAGCCAUGACAGAAGAUGGAUUUUUGGCUGUGUGUUCAGAAGCUAAAGGUCUUGUUAACUUGAAGCACUCUACGACUCCUUUUCUAAAAGUGGAGCCUUUUCUCCCAGGACAUUAUGAAGUUUUGGAUUUAAAGCCAAAUGGCAAAGUUGCAUCCGUGGAAAUGGUCAAAUAUCAUCACUGUAGAGAUGAACCUCUGCACGCCCUCUACGACAAUGUGGAGAAACUGUUUCCAGGUUUUGAGAUAGAAACUGUGAAGAACAACCUCCGGAUCCUUUUUGACAAUGCCAUUAAGAAACGCUUGAUGACAGACAGAAGGAUUGGCUGCCUUUUAUCAGGGGGCUUAGAUUCCAGUCUGGUUGCUGCCACCCUCUUAAAGCAACUAAAAGAGGCCCAUGUUCAGUACCCUCUCCAGACAUUUGCAAUUGGCAUGGAAGACAGUACUGAUUUACUAGCAGCUAGAAAGGUGGCAAAUCAUAUUGGGAGUGAACACCAUGAAGUCCUCUUUAAUUCUGAGGAAGGCAUUCAGGUCCUGGAUGAAGUCAUAUUUUCCUUGGAAACUUAUGAUAUUACAACAGUUCGUGCUUCAGUAGGUAUGUACUUAGUUUCCAAGUACAUUCGGAAGAACACAGAUAGCGUGGUGAUCUUCUCUGGAGAAGGCUCAGAUGAACUGACUCAGGGUUACAUAUAUUUUCACAAGGCUCCUUCUCCUGAGAAAGCCGAGGAGGAGAGUGAGAGGCUUCUGAAGGAACUCUACUUGUUCGAUGUUCUCCGGGCAGAUCGCACUACAGCUGCCCACGGCCUUGAAUUGAGAGUCCCCUUCCUGGAUCAUCGAUUUUCUUCCUAUUACUUGUCCCUGCCACCAGAUAUGAGAAUUCCCAAGAAUGGAAUAGAAAAACAUCUCCUGAGAGAGACAUUUGAGGACUCCAAUCUGAUACCUAAAGACAUUCUCUGGCGGCCAAAAGAAGCUUUCAGUGAUGGAAUAACCUCAGUUAAGAAUUCCUGGUUUAGGAUCUUGCAGGAAUAUAUUGAACAUCAGGUUGACGAUGCAAUGAUGGCCGCUGCAGCCCAGAAAUUUCCCUUCAAUACUCCUAAAACUAAAGAGGGCUAUUACUACCGUCAAAUCUUUGAACGCCACUACCCAGGCCGGGCUGACUGGCUGACCCAUUACUGGAUGCCGAGGUGGAUCAAUGCCACUGACCCUUCUGCCCGCACUCUGGCCCAUUACAAGGCAGCUGCCAAAGCCUAGGUGCCCUCUGCACUAGCGAGUACAAGGCAAUAAAGAGUAGGGAGCUUGGGAGUAAGAGGGGAGCCGUGAAUGCCAACCACGUAGGCUUAUUGGGCAUGAAAAAAAUAAAAGUCCCAAAUCAGAAA